ACUGUUCCUCACCGCUUGUAGUUACAAACCAACAAUGACAUCCUUAGCAGAGAGGCUUUCCAACCAGUUUGUUCCGUUCCAUGUCCUGUUUGUCUUUCUCAUGAUCCUUGAAUUGGUCUCUUCUUUUAAUUUUGCUACUUAUGCUGCUUCUGCAACUACUAAAGUUGAAGAAGACGGAACUGAAGCUGUGGCUCUCUUGACGUGGAAAGCUAGCCUUGACAACCAGAGCCAAUCUCUCUUGUUCUCAUGGGCUGGAAGCAAUCAUUGCAAUUGGGUUGGAAUCGGUUGCAAUAAUGCUGAUAGAGUCGCCCACAUAGACCUUGAGAGUAAUGGCUUAAGAGGUACACUUUCCAAUCUUAACUUCUCUUCCUUCCCUCAACUCCUCAGCCUUAAACUUCAUAACAACUCAAUCUACGGGACCAUCCCCUCGAAGAUUGGUAGCCCUAUAACACUCACCUACCUUGACUUGUCCAGGAAUUAUCUUUCAGGAACAAUUCCAUCAGAAAUAGGAAUACUCUAUUCUCUCACAAUUUUGUUUCUUUAUGAUAAUCAACUUUCUAGAUCCAUCUCUCAAGAAGUUGGAAUGCUAAGGUCUCUAAUUGAACUUGAAUUGUCAACAAACAAUUUCACAGGUUCAAUCCCUGCUUCUAUAGGGAACUUGGCCAACUUGACCAUUUUACGCCUUUUUGAAAACCGUCUUUCUGGAUCCAUCCCUCAAGAAGUUGGAAUGCUAACGUCUCUCACUGUCCUUAGUUUGCAUACAAACAAUCUCACAGGUUCAAUCCCUGCUUAUAUAGAGAACUUGACCAAAUUGACCAUUCUAUACCUUUAUAAAAACCAACUUUCUGAAUCCAUCCCCCAAGAUGUUGGAAUGCUAAGGUUUCAAAUUGAACUUAAUCUGUCAACAAACAAUCUCACAAGUUCAGUCCCUACUUCUAUAAGGAACUUGACUAACUUGACCAUUCUAUUCCUUUAUAAAAACCAACUUUCUAGAUCCAUCCCCCAAGAUAUUGGAACGCUAAGGUCUCUAAUUGAACUUGUAUUGUCAACAAACAAUCUCACAGGUUCAAUCCCUGCUUCUAUAGGGAACUUGGCCACCUUAACCAUUUUACACCUUUUCAAAAACCAUCUUUCUGGAUCCAUCCCUCAAGAAGUUGGAAUGCUAACGUCUCCCAUUGUCCUUAGUUUGCAUACAAACAAUCUCACAGAUUCAAUCCCUGCUUCUAUAGGGAACUUAACCAACUUGACCAUUCUAUGCCUUUAUGAAAACCAACUUUCUGGAUCCAUCCCCCAAGAUGUUGGAAUGCUAAGGUUUCUAAUUGAACUUGAUUUGUCAACAAACAAUCUCACAAGUUCAAUCCCUGCUUCUAUAGGGAACUUGACUAACUUGACCAUUCUAUUCCUUUAUAAAAACCAACUUUCUGAAUCCAUCCCCCAAGAUGUUGGAAUGCUAAGGUCCCUAAUUGAACUUGAAUUGUCAAUAAACAAUCUCACAGGUUCAAUCCCUGCUUCUAUAGGGAACUUGGCCAACUUGACCAUUCUACGCCUUUUUGAAAACCGUCUUUCUGGAUCCAUCCCUCAAAAAGUUAGAAUGUGAACGUGUCUGAUUGUCCUUAGUUUGCACACAAACAAUCUCACAGGUUCAAUCCCUGCUUCUAUAGGGAACUUGACCAACUUGACCAUUCUAUACCUUUAUGAAAACCAACUUUCUGGAUCCAUCCCCCAAGAUGUUGGAAUGCUAAGGUUUCUAAUUGAACUUGAUCUGUCAACAAACAAUCUCACAAGUUCAAUCCCAGCUUCUAUAGGGAACUUAACUUACUUGACCAUUCUAUUCCUUUAUAAAAACCAACUUUCUGGGUCCAUCCCCCAAGAUGUUGGAAUGCUAAGGUCUCUAAUUGAACUUGAAUUGUCAACAAACAAUCUCACAAGUUCAAUCCUUGCUUAUAUAGGGAACUUGGCCACCUUAACCAUUUUACACCUUUUCAAAAAUCGUCUUUCUGGACCCAUCCCUCAAGAAGUUAGAAUGUUGAGGUCUCUAAUUACACUUGAUUUGUCAGCAAACAAUCUCACAGGUUCAAUCCCUCUUGAGUUAGGAAAACUAAACUCCCUAACUUAUUUCGCUUUGUAUGCGAACAAACUGAUAGGCUCCGUUCCUUCAAAAUUGGACAAUCUUACGCAUUUGCAAAUCUUUGAAAUAAGCAAUAACAUGCUCACAGGUCAUAUCCUGCCGAGUAUUUGCAUUGGAGGAUUACUUACCAAACUAGCUACAACAAACAACUGCUUAAUAGGUGAUAUCCCAAAAUUUUUGGGAAAUUACAGUCAGUUGUGUCGAGUUAGGUUUCAUCGAAACCAACUCACAGGAAAUAUAUUUGAAAUUUUUGGGGUACUCCCAAACUUGGUAUAUAUUGAUCUAAGUUAUAAUAACUUCUAUGGUGAACUUUCUAAAAAAUUGGGGCAGUGCCAUAAUUUGACUGGUAUAAACUUCUCCAACAAUAAAAUCUCUGGAAAUAUACCACUUGAGUUUGGAGAUGCAAGUCAGUUGCAACUACUUAACCUCUCUUCAAAUCAUCUAGAUGGAGAGAUCCCAAAGAGUGUAGGAAAGUUGGCCUUAUUGUUCAGUAUUUCUCUGAGUGAUAACAAAUUUUCAGGCAACAUUCCAGUAGAAUUUGGCAGGCUAUCUAAUUUGGAAGAUCUAAACUUGGCGGCAAACAAUCUAAGUGGAUCAGUUCCAAUCCAACUAGGGGAGCUUGUGAAACUGUGGAACUUGAAUUUGAGCGAAAAUCUACUCAGGAAGGAUAUUCCUUCUGAAAUAGGCACAUUACAAUUUCUUCAAAGCCUUGACCCUGGAAACAAUUUGUUUAAAGGUGAGAUUCCACAAUAGAUUGGGGAAUUGCAAAGCUUAGAGACAUUAAAUCUAUCCCACAAUAAGCUGUCUGGUUCCAUUCCAUCCUCUUUUAAUGGGAGAUCAAGUUUGACAUCUGUUGAUAUAUCUUAUAAUCACUUGGAGGGUCCUUUGCCUAACACCAAAGCCUUUCAAGAUGCUCCAUUUGAGGCAUAUGUAGGUAAUGAUGGUUUGUGUGGAAAUAAGACUGGUUUGAUGCCAUGCUCAC